AUGCUAAGGGAGUCCGAUACAGGAUUCCACGGCAUCAUACCGACUCGACCCGCUUAUUCCCUAGGCAAGAUAUCACUGGACGUAGUUUUCGGCACACCCAGCAACUUCAGGAAGGAGAAAAUCAAGUUUGAAGUGGUCGACUGGGAAUCCCAGUACCACGCCAUCCUCGGCAGACUUGCAUUCGCGAAAUUCAUGGCGGUACCUCACUACGCAUACCUAAAGCUGAAGAUGCCAGGCAACAACGGGAUAGCAAUAACCAUACAUGGAAGCUUCUCCCGCUCGGACAGCUGUGACAGAGAUUUCCAGAAGAUUGCCUCAAGGUUUGGGGCUAAGGAAAAACUUAACGCAGUCGAUGCUAUCACAGACCACACGAAGACACCGGCUGACAACCGAAAGGGGAGAUCCGAUGAGUUUGAUGUCGCGAAGGAAGCAAAGAAGCUGCAGGUGCAUCCCUCCGACCCGAAGAAGACGGUCAAUGUCUCGGCAGACCUCACUGUCGCAUAG